AUGAGAGGAAAUGAUAAACUAACAAAUUUCUUACAAAUGGAUCUCAAGUUUGGUUGCCAUUACUUGAUCUUUAUUCUUUUUCUCAUACCGGUGCUCAUUGAAGCUGCUAGAAUUAAGUCAGAGAACGUAGAUAUACUUUGGCUUCAAUUUCCGAUGAAUAUUUUAACUUGUUCUCUCUUCAUUGUUUUAGGUUCGACCCUUUACAUAAUAAUAACAUCUCGUCGUCAGCCUGUCUACCUUGUUAGCCAUGCAUGUUAUCAACCACCUUCUCACCUUCAAGUUCCAUCUCAACACUACCUUGAAUUGGCUAGAGCUAUUGGUAAUCUCAAUGAAUCUUCGUUUGAAUUUCAGCGUAGGAUUCUUGAGCGGUCUGGGCUAGGAGAAGAGACUUAUCUUCCUGAAGCAUUGCACUGCAUACCUUCCGAAGCUUCGAUGGUCACCGCUAGAGAAGAGGCGGAGCAGGUCAUGUUCGGCGCCUUGGAUAGUUUGUUUUCUAACACAAAUAUUAACCUCCAAGAUAUCGGUAUUCUAGUUGUCAACUGUAGUUUGUUCAAUCCUAUUCCUUCCCUUUCGGCCAUGAUAAUUCAUAAGUAUGGAUUGAGAUGUCAUGUUAAGAGCUUCAACUUAAGUGGAAUGGGUUGCAGUUCUGGACUGAUUGCAGUUGGUCUUGCAAAGGAUUUGCUUCAAGUUCAUCGUAACACGUACGCGAUUGUUGUGAGCACUGAGAAUGUUACCCAGAGUUCGUAUUCCGGUGACAACAAAUCUAUGAUGAUAGCUAACUGUUUAUUCCGUGUUGGUGGCGCAGUGAUUCUUCUUUCGAACAAACCUCAAGUUAGACAGCGAGCUAUGUAUAAAUUGGCUCACCUCGUGAGAACCCACCGUGGGCUAGAUGACAAAUCAUUUACUUGCGUUUACCAAGAGCAGGAUAAAACCGGGGUCUUGGGUGUUUCACUAUCCAAAGAUGUUACGAGCAUAGCUGGAGAGGCACUUAAAAUCAAUAUAACCACGUUGGGUCCUCUCGUCCUCCCAAUCAAAGAACAACUUCGAUUUUUCGUAACGAUGGUCGUUAAAAAGUUGUUCAGGAAAUCAGAAAUCAAGACUUACAUCCCGAAUUUCAAACUUGCCUUUGAUCAUUUCUGUAUACAUGCUGGGGGAAGAGGGGUUAUUGAUGAACUGGAGAAGAGUUUACAGUUGUUGCCGGUUCAUGUUGAGGCGUCUCGGAUGACUCUUCAAAGAUUUGGUAAUACCUCAUCCAGUUCAAUUUGGUACGAGUUGGCUUACAUCGAGUCCAAGGGAAGAGUUUGUCAAAACGACCGUGUCUGGCAGAUUGCUUUCGGAAGUGGCUUUAAGUGUAACAGUGCAGUGUGGGUAGCACUCAAGAAUGUGAAGAAGCCCUCCACAUCUACCAAGCAGAUACCUUGGGAAGCCUAA